AUGUGCGGAUCGGAGACUUCGGCAGCGUCGUCGACGGUGAUGGGAAAAUUUGACUACAUGGAGAGAAAGAUACUUAGACGACUGCUAGGCCACUUUCGGCUGAUGGUGUGCCAUAACGAAGAACAUUACUCUGAACUGGACAUGGUGCCGGCGGAUGACGUCGACAUCAACAAACGUCAACAUCUUGCCCGGGCUUCUGAAGAAGUCACGGAAAACCGUCUUCGCUUCUUUGGUCACGUUAUCAGGAUACCGUUUGAUCAUCUUGUCCAAGUUGUCCUGAAGAUGCUUUCAGAUUCUAAUUUGAAAAGACCCCCCGAUCGCAAAAGAAGGUACUGGAUGGAGGUGGUAAAGAAAGAUCUGAGCACACUUGGCGUUGACAGGUAG